AUGUUUUCGAGGACAAUAGUCGCGUCGGCGUUCCGACCACUUUCCCGGCCGGCGAGCUUCGUGCAGCCGCGCACCGCUGCUUUCCAGCUGCCCUCCGCCCUCCAUGCACGCCUGCUGUCUACUGAGACGAAAGCCGCGAUUGAUAAGGCAGUUGCCACCGCCCCUGUCGUGCUGUUUAUGAAGGGAACGCCCGAAACCCCGCAAUGCGGCUUCUCACGAGCUAGUAUCCAGAUCUUGGGCCUGCAGGGUGUAGACCCCAAGAAGUUCGUCGCAUUCAAUGUGCUGGAGGAUCUUGAAUUGCGACAAGGCAUUAAAGAAUACUCGGACUGGCCGACCAUCCCGCAAUUGUAUCUGAACAAAGAAUUUGUCGGUGGAUGCGAUAUCCUUAUGUCGAUGCACCAAAAUGGGGAACUCGCAAAAUUGCUUGAAGAGAAGUCAGUUCUGGUGGCUGCCGACUAA